AGCGGGAAGGAGCGAGGCCGGGCGGGGUGCUCACCGGGGGCUGCGCGGCCCUUGCUGCCUCCGCCCGCCUCGUGGGGUCACCUCCAGCCUGAUCGCGGCGAGGACUCCUCGAUGGCUCCGCCCUGCCGCCUGCGGGGACGGAGGCCGGCGCCCCGCAGCCCCUUUCCGCCUGCGGCCUAGGUGGCGCCGCCGCGGGGAGCGGUGCGCUCCGUAGUGAGUUCCAGACCCGCUCUGCUCCUGCGGAUUCUCAGGCCUGCCUGCACCAAGGUCUCCGACUUGUGCAGCGAAGAGCGGCUGGCGCCAGGGCUGGGGACUGAUACGCCCCUGUCACCGAGAAAGGUCGCGGGAGAGCUGAGUGGGGACGGCUGUGCGCCGGGUUUACGCCCCCCGGCUGCCCCUGUCCCUUAGUGUGCAGGUGGCUGUCCCUUCCCGUUCCCCUGGUGGAGGUCAGCAGCGAUAUUUCAAUCCUCAGUUUAUGGUUAGGGCCUCAGAUGGAAAGCUCCUGUCUAGUGAUUUGACUCAUUACGUGAUCCCAGACUGGAAAGUUGUUCAAGAUUACCUGGAGAUCUUCGAGUUCCCGGAACUAAAGGGAAUUAUUUUCAUGCAAACGGCUUGUCAGGCUGUGCAGCAUCAAAGAGGCCGGAGACAGUAUAACAAACUGCGGAGCCUGCUGAGGGACGCGCGGCACGACUGCAUCCUCUUCGCUAACGAGUUCCAGGAGCUCUGCUACCUCCCCCGGGAGAGGGGUGAGGCCCUGGAGAAGUGGCAGACCAGGAGCAUAUACAAGGCGGCCGUCUGGUACUAUCACCACUGCGGGGACAGGGUGCCCAUUGUUAUGGUGACAGAAGAUGCAGAGGCGAUUCAGAAGUAUGGGAGCGAAACCCAAGGAGUGUUUGUGAUUUCUUUCAAGGACUACCUGGACAACUUCUGGCCGGAUUUAAAGGCUGCCCAUGAGCUGUGCGAGUCUAUCCUCCAGUCCCGCCGGGAGCGGGAGAGCGAGAGCCAGGAGAGUCACGGGAGGGAGUACUCAGAGCAUCUGCCGCUGGAGGUGCUGGAGGCCGGCAUCAAGUCGGGGCGCUAUGUGCAGGGCACUCUGAAUGUGAACAAACACAGAGCCCAAACAGAAGCUUUUGUUCGACUUCAAGGAGCCAGCAGUAAAGAUUCAGGUUUAACUAGUGACAUCCUCAUCCAUGGCACCAAGGCCCGGAACCGCGCCAUCCACGGGGAUGUGGUGGUCGUCGAGCUGCUCCCAAAGGGUGAAUGGAAGGGAAGGACUGGCGCCCUGUGUGACAACGACAGCGAGGACAAGACCUCGAGCGAGGCCCCCAGUGAGCCCAUGCCCACAGGCCGUGUGGUGGGCAUCCUCCAGAAGAACUGGCGUGAUUAUGUGGUGACUUUCCCGUCCAAGGAGGAGGUCCAGUCCCAAGGCAGAAAUCCUCAGAAGAUCCUAGUUACUCCCUGGGAUUACAGAAUCCCCAAGAUUCGAAUUAGCACGCAGCAAGCCGAAACCCUGCAGGACUUCAGGGUGAUCGUGCGCAUCGAUUCCUGGGAGUCAACGUCGGUGUACCCAAAUGGACACUUUGUCUGUGUGUUAGGAAGAAUCGGUGACCUGGAAGGGGAGAUCGCAACUAUCCUGGUGGAAAACAGCAUCUCAGUUGUCCCCUUCUCAGAGGCUCAGCUGUGUGAGAUGCCCGUGAACACCCCCGAGAAGCCCUGGAAGGUGAGUCCCGAGGAGGAGCGCAAGAGGAGAGACUUGCGGCGAACCCACCUCGUGUUCAGCAUCGACCCCAAGGGCUGUGAGGAUGUGGAUGACGCGCUCUCUGUCAGGACCCUGAACAACGGCAACCUGGAACUCGGGGUCCACAUUGCGGAUGUCACACACUUUGUGGCUCUCAACUCUUACACCGACGUUGAAGCUAGAACAAGGGCCACCACUUAUUACCUAGCAGAUCGGCGCUAUGACAUGCUGCCCUCUGUCCUCAGUGCUGACCUUUGUUCCCUCCUGGGAGGCGUCGACAGGUAUGCUGUGAGCGUCACGUGGGAACUGGAUAAAGCCUCUUACGAAAUUAAGAAGGUGUGGUACGGCAGAACCAUUAUUCGCUCAGCUUACAAACUGUUCUACGAAGCGGCCCAGGAGCUCCUGCACGGAAACUUUGGCAUCGCUGAUGAGAUCCCAGAAUUCAAAAACUCGGAUGAGAAGGGCAGACAAGCCAGGCUGGAGGAGUUGGCGUGGGCUAUCGGGAAGCUGACAGACAUCGCUCGCCAUGUCCGGGCAAGGCGCAACCGCUGCGGGGCCCUGGAGCUGGAAGGCGUGGAGAUUCGAGUCCAGCUUGAUGAUAAAAAGAACAUCCACGACCUCAUCCCCAAGCAGCCCCUGGAGGUGCACGAGACGGUGGCCGAGUGCAUGAUCCUGGCCAACCACUGGGUGGCUCGGAAGAUCUGGGAGAGCUUCCCCCACCAGGCACUGCUGCGCCAGCACCCGCCGCCCCACCAGGAGUUCUUCGCGGAACUCCGGGAGUGCGCCAGGGCCAAGGGCUUCUGCAUCGACACCCGCUCCAAUAAGACCCUGGCUGAUUCUCUGGAUAAGGCAGAGGAUCCCAGCGACCCCAUUGUGAACCAGCUGCUGCGCUCCAUGGCUACCCAGGCCAUGUCCAACGCGCUCUAUUUCUCUACUGGGUCCUGCACAGAGAAAGAGUUCCAUCAUUACGGUCUUGCGUUAGAUAAAUACACCCACUUUACUUCUCCAAUAAGAAGAUACUCGGAUAUUGUAGUACACCGACUGUUAAUGGCAGCCAUUUCAAAAGAUAAGAAAAUGGAAAUUAAAGAAAAUUUAUUAAGCAACAAAGAUCUUGAGGAAUUGUGUAGACAUAUCAACAACAGAAACCGAGCAGCACAGCAUUCUCAGAAGCAGUCUACUGAGCUCUUCCAGUGCAUGUACUUUAAAGACAAAGACCCUGACACCGAGGAGCGCUGCAUAUCUGAUGGAGUUAUUUACUCAAUUAGGACAAAUGGUGUGCUUGUUUUUAUACCAAGGUUUGGGAUUAAAGGUGCUGCUUAUCUAAAAAAUAAAGAUGGUUUAGUGAUGUGCUGUGGCCCUGACAGCCGCUUGGAAUGGAAACCAGGGUCCCUACAGCGAUUUCAGGACAAAAUCACCUCCACCACAACGGGAGGGGAGUCGCUCACACUCCACCUGUUCGACCAUGUCACGGUCAGGAUAUCCGUGCAGGCCUCACGCUGCCAUGCAGACACAAUCGGACUUGAGAUCAUCAGCAGCAAACCGUACAGGGUACAGAGCUCAGAGCUGUCCCACCUGAGCCCGCUCGUGCUGAAGAGUGAGUUGGUGAGGGACGUUACCAGGUGCGCGGAGGAGGCCCAGCUGGCCCAGGAAGGGCAGGUGGAUGGCAUCCGGGAGGAGUAUCAAGAGUACCGCCAGACAAAGGGCCGGAGCCUGUACGUGCUUCUAGAGGAGAUCAGGGACCUGGCACUCCUGGACGUCUCAGGGGACUAUGGCAUAUGAAAUCAUCUUGCUUCAUUAAAAGAGCUUUGUCAUGGUAUUUUACCAUCUUUCCAAACUUCAUGGCGAAUCUCAGGUCACUUGGUGCUCUUAACUGAUCAGGAUCCAGUAGGUAUUUCAUGUGUACAGUAUUCUCUCCUGGUUCGCCGACUGCUUUAAAUACAGAACGAGGCCACUGUAGCUGCUGAAGUUUCAGCACUGAGAGGACAGGGAACAGUGCUCUGUAAGGUCACUUGCUGGCCUCUUUUUAAUAAACCCACAAUUUUUA